AUGUCCUUCUGAAGAGGAUUUCAGACAAGCUGCACGACUGCUUCUCAGCUGUGGAAUACAUUGAAGCGAAGGGCUGCUGAGAUAGAAUGGAAAUCAGACUCUGCCUUUCAGUACAUGCAGCAGCAUCAGCUCAUGACAUCUAACAUUCGCCAGAUACAAGCUGACCGAAAAGUUACUUCCAUUUUAUUGCUCUCCGAACACGAUGGCCAAAAUGUCGGGCUUUAAGCUGCCCUUUCUACGCUGUCUUCGAAAUGAUUUGGCAGGAAUAAAACUUGAAGAUUUGUGUACAUAACACAUACUCCUGGGAAUGGACCAAGUUUUCUAUCGACUAGAACAAGACUCUCAGUUCAAGUCAAAGUACUUCCACCAUGAUUUUGGAGAAGUUAUGAAGAGGAAAAAGUCAUUCUGGAAUUGUUUGUUUCCAUUUUCCUGGACGAUGGACGCAGAGACUUUGCCUUCCACAAUGUUACCUACGCUGAAUACGUCCUAUAGCUACUCAAUGACACUGGAACAAAAGACCACAUUUGCCUUUGUCAUUUUACUAUUUAUCAUUUUGGGUGUUCUCAUUGUUAGGUGUUUCAGGAUCCUUCUUGACCCAUACCGGAGUAUGCCAACUUCUACCUGGGCAGAUGGAGUAGAUGGACUAGAAAAAGGGCAGUUUGACUAUGCUCUUGCAUAAUGACCAAAACCCACUAGUGCUUUCCUGGACUUGGUUAAAUAAAAGUGAUGAUGUUA